UCCAGCCUCAAAUUCAUCAUUCUUCUUAUCACUUCUUUCGAACUAAUUCCGCAAUACCAUAGUCAGGAAGCUCGAGCUCUUCCCUCAGAUUCCCAAAUGAGUUCCAAGAUCAACUCUCCAAGUCUUCCAAUCCCCCACAGACUUCCAACCAAUUCACCCAGCUUCAAUACAUCAUCAAACUCUCUCAGAUUUAAGUGCAGACCGCACUCAGUUCCCUCCUCUUCUUACACCAGUCCAAGCAGGCAAGAAUCUCUCGACAAAGUUGAACACGGUUCUAACGUAUGGGACGUCAGGUUUGAAACUCUUGAAGGCUGCAAGCUGGGCAUCUCCUGGUAUCCAGAUUUUGAAUACAAUGCGAAAGGAGGUAUUGGUACAGCGAUCGGGAGAAAGGAGGACGAGGCUCGCAAUGAUGAUGAUACGAUAUCGGUCACUUUCGAUGUAGGAACACUGUAUAUCCCACCGCUUACCGGUGCGACGACAAAGUUCCUUGGCUUGCCAUUGCCGCCGUUUCUUAAGAUAGACAUUGUUCCAGAGUCUUUCCAGGGAACCAUCAGCAAAGAGAGUGGAAAGGCUGAUCUGCAGUUCAGAGCAAAAUUCUGGUUCUCAGUUGGAAGCAUUUACAAAGCUCCUCCAUUAAUGGUGGAGACAACACUAACAUCAGAGGAGUCCACAGGAAAAUUAAGGGCUGGGAGGGGGGAGAGAAUAAAUGGAGAAGGAAGGUGCAGGCUGGUUGGUGUGGCCUUGGUCAAUCCAAUCAAUGACAUUCUCAUGAACUCCUUUCUUGGACUUCCAAGUGAAUGCAUCGCUGAUCUGAAUGCGAGAAUCUCCAUCACUUCCUCUACGUGAAGGUUAAUUAUAUAGCAUACAUUAACCAUAUUAUUUUUAUACUGUAGAUAAAAAGAGAGAGCGGCAUCAGGAAAAGAAAAAAAGGAUAACCAGAGAGCGAGUGAGAAAUUCUCUUACAACUAUUGCUGUUUCCUUGCAGCAUCUCUCCAGGGCAUCCAGUAAAGUUGGAACUCAAUAAUUCAUUCAGUUGAUUCCGGUUGGUUAUGACAGCAAAAGCAUUCAAAAGCAUUCGAAUACUGCAAGAUUUCAAAGACUUAAUCAGCAUGUCUAUACUUGCAACAGUGUCAUGGAAUAUAUGCAAUAACAUACAUACCUAGGAACGUAAGGCUGAUUGGGUAAACCUUCUUAAAGAAUAACUGGAGAUCCGAACUUCUGAAAAACAAUUAAGGUUUUGGAAUAAUUUUGUACAUAAAAUUUCCAGUGAACGGCUUCGGAUCCACGAUUGAGUGUAAAGCCAUUGAAAGCCAUGGUCUUGGAGCAGCCUUAUUAUGGUGGAGCAAUAAACCGUCAUGUGAUUUGGUGAAUUGAAUGGUAUUGUUUUCUUUGAUGCUGUGGCAAACAUAGAACUACGUUGAAAGCUAACUUUGCAUGACACAGUUUAUGCAGUGAAGAAGUUGUUCCAGAAAAUCCUAUACACCUCUGCUUCCAUCCCAUGCAAAAGAGUUUGUGUAUAGACCAACUUUUGAAGUUUACUCCCACAUAACAUAAAUAGUAGGUGGAAGAACGAUUGGUAUAGAUGAUUGAACCUAAAAACCCAAUGGCUUUAGUUUAUAGGCUAAGUUGGUUUUGCAUGUUUAUCAAGUUCUACUGACCUUACGAGUCCGGUCUCCCCAACACCUGUUGUACUUUUUGAUCCAGUGUGCUAUAUAUUGCUAGUAAAUUUGCUUCUUUA